AUGGAAAAAGCAAAGAGCACUGCAAACAGUUCAGAAUAUCUCCAUACUACACAACACCCUAAAGUUUCUUCAUCAUCACAUCAGCAUCCUAAUUCAGCUUCAACAAAUGAUAAAAAUGAAACUAUAUCAUUGAACAAGCCUUUUGAUAUUUGCGAUAGAUCAGAAUGUAAAAAUGAAGAUUCUGUCAUUCAUACCAUUCAUGUUACUCCGACAGUUCAAGUUGCUCAAACUAAUAACAUUGGUAAUAAUGGAAGAUUUAUCCCUCUUGAAUGUGUACAAGAAGAUAAUAUUCUUGAAGACACUGAAGUUCAUGAAGAAGUACAAGCUGAUGUUCUAGAAACUCCUCAAGUCAAAUUUAUUGAUGGUAAAACAGGGAAGGUUUCAGAUGAAACUGUUGAGGUUACUUCAUGGUCCAAAGUGGUUGAAAAGAAGGUGAUUAAUCCUUCUCCUCCUACUUCUCAAAAUUCUCCAAGUGCAGUAAAAGGUGGUAAUCCAGCUGUUGCAAAUAACAAAUACAACUUCAGGAAAAAUCAAGAACCAAAAUUUUUAUGUAGUGCUUCCUUUUGCAGUAAAUUAAAUCUCCCUGGAAUGAAAAGUAUGGUGAUUCAUAAUUCCACUUCAUCAACAAAAGGUAAUCUAUGGCUAUUCUGGAAUACUUCUUUAGCUACUCCUCAAGUUGUUUCAAUAUCUAGUCAAAUGAUAACUGUUAGCAUUGGUGAUGUGUUGGUAUAUGGUGUUCAUGCUCAUGUUAAAAAAAGUCAAACAAAAUUUUUAUGGUCAGAAAUGGAAAUCAUUAGUCAGUUUCAAAAACCAUGGAUUGUGCUUGGUGAUUUUAAUGCAAUUACUUCACCUGAUGAAAAAGUAGGAGGUAAAACUCCAAACAUAAACUCAAUGUUAGACUUUAUUCAUUGCCUAAAUGCAUGUAAUUUACUCCCAGCUCCUAAGACAGGUCAACAAUACUCUUGGUCCAACUGUCAACAAGGAAAAAAGAGGAUCUUAUGUAUUUUGGAUAGAGUUGUUUUCAAUUCUUUAUGGUUACAAAAAUAUGGUGAUUGGGGGUAUAAAGUUGGCUUGAGAAUUGUAUCAGAUCAGGCACCAUUUUUGGGUGGUUGUGCAAGUAUACCAAAACCAAAAAAUGUUCCUUGGAGAUUUCAGAAAAUGUGGAUUGAUCAUCCAUCCUUUUUGUCACAAUUGAAGAAAGUUUGGUCAGAACAUAUCAUUGGUGAUCCUGCCUUUAUAUUCAUGCAGAAGCUUAAAAAUUAA